AUGGCAUCGCAUUCAGCAACUCUCCGAGACCGCCAGGUCGCUUCCAUUCAAAAGAUACUUAACUUGAACCAUGAUACACACCCCACGGAAGAAGCCCCUCUUGAUGCAUCCGCACAGGGCCUGGUCUCGACUCCUAUAUUGAACGAGGAUGGCGAUCCGAUAUGGAAAGUUUUGGUAUUCGACAACAUGGGUAGAGAUGUUAUCAGUAGCGUGCUCCGUGUCAAUGAUCUCAGAGCGUGGGGAGUGACGAUCCAUCUGAACCUCAACUCUUCUCGAUACCCUAUCCCCGAUGUUCCUGUCGUGUAUCUCGUUGAACCUACCCCCGCGAACGUCCAAUUGAUCACAAACGACCUCUCGCGCGGACUCUACUCGCCCGCCUAUGUUAAUUUCCUGUCCUCCGUUCCUCGACCGCUCCUCGAAGAUUUUGCCUCCAACAUUGCUUCAACAGGCACAUCAGAACACGUUGCGCAAGUCUACGAUCAGUAUCUAAACUUCAUUGUCGCCGAGCCCGACCUUUUCAGCUUAGGAUUAGGAAACGAUGCCUACUGGAAGAUCAAUAGCCCGCAGACAAGUGAUGAAGAUCUGGAUGUGAUUGUCGACAAGAUUGUAAGUGGGCUGUUCAGUGUCAGCGUCACUAUGGGCACUAUCCCGAUUAUACGAUGUCCAAGAGGUGGAGCUGCGGAGUUGAUUGCGACAAAGCUCGACCGCAAACUUCGUGAUCAUAUUUUAAAUUCUAAAGACAAUUUGUUUUCGGGCAAGAAGACCGCUGCCGGAGUUCCUUCGUCACGGCCAGUCCUGGUAAUUGUGGAUCGCAACGUGGACCUUGUCCCUAUGCUUUCACAUUCGUGGACGUACCAAUCCCUCGUGCAAGAUGUCCUUCAGAUGCGCCUAAAUCGGAUCACUCUAGAUUCGGCUGACGACUCGAAUCCCGCCAAGGGCGCUUCUAAGAAGUCGUAUGAUCUCAACAGCAACGACUUCUUCUGGAAACGCAACGCCGGUGUUCCAUUCCCACAAGUAGCGGAAGACAUCGAUGCUGAAUUGACUCGAUACAAGGAAGAUGCGAACGAUAUUACGAAGAAGACUGGUGCUUCCUCAAUUGAAGAUCUCCAAAACGAUACGAGCGCUUCCGCACAGCACCUCAAGGCUGCCAUUACAUUACUUCCAGAGCUGCGAGAACGCAAGGCCAUACUAGACAUGCACAUGAACAUCGCGACUGCUUUGCUCAAGGGGAUCAAGGACCGACAGCUAGACAACUUCUUUGAACUUGAAGAGAACAUCACAAAGCAGACCAAGGUACAGAUCAUGGAGCUUGUCAAUGACCCCGCUAAGGGCAAUGACCCGACUGAUAAGUUCCGGUUAUUCAUCAUCUGGUUCUUGAGCACAGAGACGGAACUAUCCCGUGCAGAAAUGACACAAUUUGAGGAGGCCCUCACACGAGCGGGUGUCGAGGAUAUCAGCUCCCUCGCAUAUGUCAGACAGGUGCGAGAGAUCACCCGUAUGACAAUGAUGACAACGGCUACUCCGCAACAACAAUCGUCGGAUUUGUUUGGUGGCUUCUCUUCACUGUCCAAUCGACUAACUGACCGCAUCACGUCCGGAGCUCUGGGUGCCAAUUUCGAUUCUCUGAUUUCUGGUGUCAAGAACUUCCUUCCUGCAAACAAGGACCUAACCUUGACCAAGAUCACCGAGUCCAUCAUGGACCCAGCAUCGGCUUCGAGCUCUGCCAUUGCCAAGACUGAAAACUAUCUCUACUUCGACCCCCGCAGUGCCAACGCUCGUGGAGCCAUGCCUCCGGCAUCCGCAUCUCGCAAUGCCCAAAUGCCGGGCAACAUGAGCUCGAACCCAGGAACUAGUGCCAGCUUCGGCCAACGCCGGCAGGCUUUCAACGAGGCCAUUGUUUUCACCGUCGGUGGUGGAAGCAUGGACGAAUAUGGCAACCUGCAGGACUGGGUGCGCCAAACUAACGGCCAAACCGGGGCCGACAAUGCAGGAGCUGGCAGUCGUGCCGGUGCUGGAUCUGCCGGUGGUGCCAAGCGAAGAGUCGUGUAUGGCAGUACUGAUUUGAUGAAUGCCAACGAGUUCCUCACCGAGUCGCUGACAAAGCUUGGUAAGGAGAGCUAA